ACAGACUUCAUCUCAGCUCGUAUGGUUUGUACACUCAAGGUAAUAAGGUGACGGAGUGGCCAGGUGUUGAGCCUCAGUGGCUGAUGAGUGUUCACCUGUCCGGCAUGACCGUCAAGGGUGCAGCCCGGAUAACAAACAGGGAGUGACGAUGCUUUAAACACAGAUGGGGGUUAACUAAUGAGGACUGAAAGUCAUCAGUGUUUAUCAGGCGCUGGAAUUGUGUUAGCAGGCUGCUCUGCAGGAAGCGAUGGGUCAUAAGCUCAGGAUACAGAUACAGUCACAGAUGCAUCCUAUGAUAUGGAUGCAAAAACAACAGUAACAAAGUGGCCGAGCUUCUCUUCAUGAUGAUCAUCUCAGUUACAGCAGUGAGCUCCUAACGUACAGGACACCUGCACAGCUGUCUGCAGUAAUGUAUUUCCUUAACACAGGACCUUGGACUGUUUAUUGACUGCUGUGAAUUUUUAGUUUAAGCUUUAUGAUUUUUGCAACCAAGUAAGAGAGAGCAGUAAUUCUUUUUGCAUGUAAAAGUGGAGCAGUUACAUAUAAGCACAGAGCGUGUCCCUACCACAGGUGGGGUUGCAGAAAAAAGUCCACCCUUGUGUUGGAAUAAUGUCAGCACGAACUGUCACAUGGUUUUCAUGUGUGACACUAACUGUGAAGUGUUUUUAUCACCAAGGCCUGUCCACCAGCUCCACUCGUGUCUGACUUCACGCCCGUCUGUGUACAAGUUCCUGUGACACUUAGAACUUUGUGUAAAGGUGAUCUGUGGUAAAUAAGAAACAGUUAAUGCCAGAAGAAGAUUCCUCGGAUCACUUUUCUAAUCAGUUAUUUACUAACUGAUCAGAUCAACAAUCUUUCACACAUUGCUGGUUAUGACUGAAGCUGUCAGCCGCGCUCAAAGAUAUAAUGAAGAAGCACUUUUGAUUCCUGCUGGCGUCGUGCUGAGCACUGCGGGUAAAUAUUGUUAGACUGCUGAUUUGUUGUGAACCUCAUUUGAUGCACUCCACAGCACCACAACAAGUCCACAGCAAAGAGCAGGCGAGGGCAUGGCAGCUAUCCUAUCUGACACAGAGAGAAGAUUGUGAAGUCAGGUCGUGAGUGUGUGUGUGUGUGUGUGUACCUGUGCACAUGUGUUUGAGUGUUUAAGAGAGGCACAAAGAAGAAUCCAGUGAUGGCUGCCAAUAAGGGUAAAAACCAGAGCUCUCUGGUGCUGCACAAGCUGAUAAUGGUGGGCAGUGGCGGCGUGGGGAAGUCAGCCCUCACCCUGCAGUUCAUGUACGAUGAGUUUGUGGAGGACUACGAGCCCACCAAAGCAGACAGCUACAGGAAGAAGGUGGUUCUGGACGGGGAGGAGGCUCAGAUCGACAUCCUGGACACCGCCGGGCAGGAGGACUAUGCUGCUAUCAGGGACAACUACUUUCGCAGCGGGGAGGGCUUCCUGUUGGUCUUCUCCAUCACAGAGCCCGAGUCCUUCGCUGCCACUGCUGAGUUCAGGGAGCAGAUCUUGCGGGUGAAGGCAGAAGAGGACAAGAUCCCGCUCCUGCUGGUGGGGAACAAGUCGGACCUGGAGGACCGUCGGCAGGUGCCCGUGGACGAGGCCCGCACGAAGGCCGAGGCGUGGGGCGUCCAGUACGUGGAGACGUCAGCCAAAACCAGAGCCAACGUUGACAAGGUGUUCUUUGACCUGAUGCGUGAAGUGCGAGGCAAGAAAAUGUCUGAAAACAAAGACAAGAACGGGAAAGGGAAGAACAAGAAGAACAAGAAGAGCUUCAGGGAGAGAUGCUGUUUACUCUGAGCUCCUCAUGGACCUGAAAACACAAAGCUCCACAGAACAGAGCUCAGCGUCUUUGAUUUAAAUGAAUCUGAUUAUUUUUUAUUGAUAGCUUGUUAUAGUUUCAUGUCUAGAACAAUCUCAACCACUAUGUUGCCAAUCUUAAUGAAUGAAAGCUGACUGGCUCUGCUGUGAGGAUGGACGGUGACUGCAGGGCUUGAUGGCUCACAGGAAGCCAGCGACCAAACUGCCAUUGACACUAACUCUGCUGCUCGACACGUUCAGCGGUCCUACUGCCUUUCCUUUGGUUCCUUUCUCUCUACAAAGCCAUGCUCUUAGUUUGUUCGCCUCCUCUAAUCUGGGCCUGCAGUCACAGUGUAGGCUCCAUGUAAACUGUUGCCUCUCUGUGGAGCAUGUUUCCAUCGCCCACUUUGUGUUUGCAGUAGCUGCUGAAACUGGAAGUUUAAUGUCUGGUUUUCCCACUGCCUUCAGGUUUCUUGAAUAUUUUUUUUCAUUUCAUCUGAGGAAUUGUGAGGUUUUUUUCGUCCCAGGAGGUUCAUACAGUGCAGCGCAGUCGGGGCGGCUAUCCUGAUACGAUUACCAUAAAUCAAUGUUAAAACACAUUUUCAGUGAGAAAGCUGUAAAUUACAUCCUCGCUGACUCAGAAUCCACUCAUUUCUCUUCACGUACACGCGAUCAGAUAUUUUAACGUUUGUUCUGUAUUUUAAGAAUGUGUCUGUUGUUUUGGGAAAUGGAUCGUGAGUAGAGCUCGUCGGUGUAACGUUCCUCAGAGCGCAGACGUCACCGUUUCUACACGAGCGAGGUUUGGAUCAUGUCGACAAUCCAGGAGGCCACCCUGCUAAUGCAUUCAGUCUGUGUUAGUCUCCAUAGUUCUGAUCUUCUUCUUCUUCCUUGUUCUUUUGAAUAACAUGCACUACAUUGUCAGUACCUUAGAAGUGGCUUCAUGCUGUGUUGAGUCACGCUGGGAGUUUUAAGCAGUCUGUGCCAACAAAAUAACAACAAUUCAAACUAUGUUUGUGGGUGUGUGGUAUGUAUGUUGUGUAAGAGUGUGUGUGCAUUUAUGGGAGAACCUUAUUACCUUACUGUGUGUCUGAGUGAAGCUCUGAUGAUGCUCCAGCCCAACUGUUGUGUAUUCAGAUGAGAUGUUGAUGGUGACCCUGCACCUGCUGUGUGUUUGUUGGUGGCUGAGAGCUGCUGAAUAAAUGCUUUUCUUCCUUUUUUCA